CUGAAGUCCAACCCCUCCCAUCUGAGAGAUCUGGACCUGAGUUUCAACAUCAACCUGAAGGAUUCAGGAGUGAAGCGGCUGAGAGAUCUUCUGGAGAGUCCAGACUGCAGACUGGAGACUCUCAGACUGAGGUGCUGCAGUUUGUCAAAGAUCAGCUGGGCUGCUCUGGCCUCAGCUCUGAAGUCCAACCCCUCCCAUCUGAGAGAUCUGGACCUGAGUUACAAUGAUCUGAAGGAUUCAGGAGUGAAGCUGCUGAGAGAUCUUCUGGAGAGUCCAGACUGCAGACUGGAGAAACUCAGUCUGGAGCAUUGCAGUCUGUCAGAGAUCAACUGUGAUGCUCUGAUCUCAGCUCUGAAGUCCAACCCCUCCCAUCUGAGAGAUCUGGAUCUGAGUAACAACAAAUUGAAGGAUUCAGGAGUGAAGCUGCUGAGAGAUCUUCUGCAGAGUCCAGACUGCAGACUGAAGACUCUCAGACUGAGGUGCUGCAGUCUGUCAGAGAUCAGCUGGGCUGCUCUGAUCUCAGCUCUGAAGUCCAACCCCUCCCAUCUGAGAGAUCUGGAUCUGAGUAACAACAUCGACCUGAAGGAUUCAGGAGUGAAGCUGCUGAGUGAUCUUCUGCAGAGUCCAGACUGCAGACUGGAGACUCUCAGGAUCAGAGGCAAGCCGAUCACAGCCAAAAUACAAAAGAAAUGUGACUCCGAUGUGGAACAGGAUGUGAAGACAGACUGA